CUUGCGCUGCUUCGACUGUUCCUUGACUUGACUCAACCUUGACGCUUCCCUGGAGCGUGCUACGUAUCAGGCCGCUUCUCCGGGCUCGCCAACGGGAUAUACUCUGUCUUCUUCUUCUCCUCCAUUCCCCCCUCGGCCGCUGCCUUUCGUGUUUCCUCUCCCUACAACACCAAUCCGCGCCCUCGCCUUUUGUUUCCUUUGUUUCAAAGCCCUACUGCGUAGCAGACGCUAGCCACGGCCUGGAAGCUGGUCUCCUCGUCCAAUUCACUGUGGCGUUCCAAUUACUUGCCCCCCCUUCGGACCCUCCAAGGCUUGGCAUCGUUCAGCAGACCCUCUCCCUUCAUAUCCUCCCAUCCCUCAAACUCCCCGACCUCCCUGUCUGCUGGCAGACGAACCGACCACCAGACCAACCUGGCUCCAACACUCAUCCUCCAGCAACACCCUCAGAGUCGCCAUCAUGGGCGCCAGAAUUGUCCCCUUCCGGGUCAACAUGCGGAACCCUCUCAACAGAGCCGUGCUGUCGGCCGUGACGCUUCUCUUUUUCUGGGCGUUGAUGCUCCGCCCCGAGACCACCCAGGUCCGCGAUCGCCUCAUGAAGGGCACCCAGCAGCCAGCACCCGAGGUCGAGGAGAUCGUCAACGAUGACCCCUUGUCCAACAGCCCGUUCAUGGACAGGGAGUUCAAUCCCACCAGCACCCACGUAAUGGACUGCAGCGUCGACACUGCCCACCUGUCCGACAUCCGCAAGCGUCACAGCCUCUCCUACCGCGUGCAGUACCUGAAGCGAUAUGUUCGCUUCACCCGCACCGAGGGCCUCGAGCGCAAGGGCCUCACCAAGCUGGGCCAGUCCAUGCUGCCCGGCAAGUUCAAGACUGUCCAGAUCGGCCGCGAAUACGAAAAGGAGGCCUGUGGUGCGCCCCUCGAGCUGCCUGUCCCCAAGUCGGGCUUCCCGGCCACCGUCAACGCCACCGAAUUCCUGUUUGGCGUAUCUACCACCUACGAGCGCUUCAUGAACCCCGACACGACCCCUAUCGGCGAGUGGAUAUACUGGAUGACCGACAGCCACGGCCACACCAAUGGCGCACACUUGGUGCUGAUGCUGCUGGACGCCACCGAUCACGAGCUUCAGGAGGUCGCCAACAUGCUGGGUGAUGUCGGCAUCAAUGUCGACGUCUACCACUCCGACUCGUCCACCGAAAUGGCUGUUCGAUACCUGACGCUGGUGCCCACGCUCUACACCCACCGCGAAGCUACCAACAAGAAAUGGUUGGUCACUUGCGAUGACGACACCUUCUUUCCCAGCAUGCACGGCCUUGUCGAGAAGCUCGCCACGUACGACGCCGACAGGCCCAUGUACAUCGGUACCCUGUCUGAAGACGCCGGCGCCGUCGAGCGCCACGGAUCGCAGGCCUUUGGCGGAGCGGGUGUCUUCCUCAGCAUGCCCAUGGCCGCCCUCAUCACCGAAUCUUACGACGACUGCAAGAGCGAGCAGAGCAUCCGCGAUGCCAACUCGGGCUGGGGUGCCCAGGGCGACAUCCUGCUGCGAAACUGCAUCUACAAGAACAGUGAGACCCGCCUGACCAACCUCUGGGACCUGUGGCAGCUCGACUUCCUCGGCCACCCCAGCGGCUUCUACGAAUGGGGCAUCAAGCCCCUGUCGCUGCACCACUACCGUGGCCGCGGCUGGCAUCUGUCCCGACCCGUCCAGAUGUCCAAGAUUGCGCACACCUGCGGUGAAGACUGCACCAUGCUGCGCUUCCAGACCGACGACAACUUCAUCGUCUCCGGGUACUCGGUCGCCCACUACCCCGAGGGUAUCAACUUUGACCACCGCCAAGUCGAGUCCACGCUCUGGGCACCCGCACCCAACCGCGGAUGGAACCUGGAUUACAUGCUGGGCCCGCAGCGUCCCUCUCUCCUUCGCACAGGCCGCAAGAUUGGCUGGGAGCUUCAGGAGUCCGAAGUCAACGCCGACGGCUCAGUCUUGCAGACGUACAUCCGACACAAGACCGAUUGGCGCUGGGUCGGCAAGGACGAGAAGCCCAUGAGCAACAUCGACGGCAUCAUCGAGCUGGUUUGGAUUCCUUCCUAGGCGGAUGUAUUUUUGCACAAUGGGAAUAUUGAGCAGGUGUAAGGCGUUGUUGGGUGACUGUUUUGAUGACAUCUCAUCGCUGGCGUUAUGUUUAGAAGGGAGCCUCGUUUCCACGUUGGCAGGGGUUAAACAAAUACAUUCGCUUGGAAUAAAGCAUGAAUUGGAUAGAGUAAUGUACAUUACAGAGUCAAAGUUGAAUUAAAGAUUCUAUAAACUUCAA